CGACAAUCAAGUUAGAAACUUUUAUCUCUCUCCCUCUUUCUCUCAACGAAUCUCGAUCUCGAGGAGGAAGAAGUAGAACAGAACAAUGUCGGCAUCUUCAUCGUCGAAGAAGCAAACCCUAUUCAUAUCAACACUAAUCAUCUCAUGGUACUCCUCAAACAUCGGUGUUCUUCUCCUCAACAAGUUCCUCCUCUCAAAUUACGGUUUCAAAUUCCCUAUCUUCCUCACAAUGUGUCACAUGUCCGCUUGCGCCAUCCUCAGCUACAUUUCCAUCGUCUUCCUCAAGCUUGUCCCUCUCCAACACCUCAAAUCUCGCUCUCAGUUUCUCAAGGUUGCUACUCUCAGCAUUGUCUUCUGUGCCUCUGUUGUUGGAGGGAACAUUUCACUGCGUUACCUUCCUGUCUCUUUUAAUCAAGCUGUUGGUGCUACGACGCCGUUUUUCACAGCUUUGUUUGCGUAUCUUAUGACCCUUAAGAGAGAAGCUUGGGUUACUUAUGGUGCUCUUGUCCCUGUUGUUGCUGGCGUUGUCAUUGCUAGUGGGGGGGAGCCAGGGUUUCACUGGUUUGGUUUCAUUAUGUGCAUUAGUGCUACUGCUGCAAGAGCAUUUAAAUCUGUUCUUCAAGGCAUUUUACUUUCUUCAGAAGGGGAAAAAUUGAACUCGAUGAAUUUGAUGUUGUAUAUGUCCCCUAUAGCUGUGGUUGCUCUUCUUCCAGUCACGCUAGUUAUGGAACCAGACGUGAUCAGCUUAACCUUGACGCUAGCAAAACAACAUCAGUACAUGUGGAUACUUCUUCUGGUUAACUCUGUAAUGGCUUAUUCAGCAAAUUUGUUGAAUUUUCUGGUUACAAAACACACAAGCGCACUCACUCUCCAGGUCCUUGGAAAUGCUAAAGGAGCAGUUGCAGUGGUGAUAUCGAUCUUGAUUUUUCAAAACCCGGUUACCGUUAUGGGGAUUGGCGGGUACUCCAUAACCGUUCUUGGUGUGGUUGCUUAUGGAGAGACAAAACGCAGAUUUAGAUGAACUAUUCACCAGCAUAGUUUCUUAAUCUGUUUUAUCAAGACUUGUUAAUUAGGAUCUUUGAUAAUUUCUCAGUAGUGAUUUUUUUGUAACUAUCUUAUCUUAAUCUAUAUAGAAUAUAUUAUGUAAUGUUGUAUUGGACGAUGUUAUUAGAUCUAAGAUUCUGUAGGUGAGAUGUCAUUGUUGUUUUCUCCAGGCAUCUCUCUGUGUGCCUCUUUGUCGAACCUAUGAUGAGAUAUUGAGGUGCCUUAU